GUAACAAGAAUAACGUUGAGUGCUAGUUUGUACAGAUAAUCACCAACCGACUUUUGAAAACGAUUUUUAUCUAUCCAUUUCCUAAAUUAACCUCACUUUUUAUAUUUUCUUCUUCUUCUUUAUUCUUUCAAUCCAUUUUCAAUUUCUCUCUUUAUCUUCACCAAACCCUAUUUUUCAUCCUCUUCUUCCGUUCAUCGCCGUUAACGACUUUCCGUCGAAUCAACCGUUCAACCGCGUCGCGUAUCGUCGUCGGAUAAGGUUCGCCGGGCUGUUCAACAUGGAGUGGGUUGUCGGCGGCAAGUUUAAGAUUGGUCGCAAAAUCGGAAGCGGUUCGUUUGGUGAAAUUUUCGUCGCUUCGGAUAUGGAUAACUCUGAGAUCGUAGCUGUUAAAUUGGAGAAGAAGAAUACAAGGCAUCCACAACUAUUGCAAGAGGCCAAAUUGUACAGUAUUCUUCAAGGAGAAAGUGGUAUUCCAAAUAUGAAAUGGUGUGGUACUGAUGGAGACCAUAAUGUUCUGGUUAUGGAUCUUUUAGGAUGUAGUCUGGAAGAUCUUUUUGUCUUCUGUGGGAACAAGCUUUCUUUAAAAGCAGUUUUGAUGUUGGCCGACCAGAUGCUUUCGAGAAUAGAAUACAUGCAUUCCAAGGGAUUUUUACAUAGAGACAUUAAACCAGAUAACUUCCUAAUGGGUAUUAGGAGAAAAUCAAGUCAGGUUUAUAUUAUUGAUUUCGGACUAGCAAAAAGAUACCGGGACCCAAAAACAAAAAAGCAUAUUGCUUACAGAGAAAAGAAAAAUUUAACAGGGACUGCACGAUAUGCAAGUUGCAAUACUCACUUAGGAAUUGAGCAAAGUCGCCGUGAUGAUUUGGAAUCUAUUGGCUAUGUUCUUAUGUACUUCUUAAGAGGAAGCCUUCCUUGGCAGGGAUUGAAAGCUGUCACCAAAGAGGAAAAAUAUAACAAGAUUCGGGAGAAGAAGUUAUCAACUCCCAUUGAGACGCUCUGCGAAUCAUAUCCUGUGGAGUUCGCUUCUUACUUUCAUUAUUGUCGCUCUUUGGCAUUUGAUCAAGAUCCAGAUUAUGGAUUCUUAAAGCGUCUGUUUCGUGAUUUGUUCACUUGUGAAGGAUAUGAGUAUGACAAUUUAUUCGACUGGACCAUCCUAAGAAAUCGGCAGGUGCAACAGACAAGGAGACAGAAUCAAUCAUCUACUUCAGAUGCCGUGCCUAGUGCUGUUCCUAGCAGUAUGGAACCAUUGGCUGUGGAAAAGCGCACAGGAAUCAAUAAUUCUCCUCAAUUUCCUGUAACAAAACUGCUAACGAAUCUUGAUCGUUCAAACACGCGUGUGCAUCCUAAGCCAUCCAAUGUUAAGAAACCGAAUGCCAGGAAUCAUACUGAAAAACAUAAUGUAAACAAUGGUUCAUCCACUUCAUCUGCCUUGCAAAAAUCAACUACAGGAGUUGUCUCCAAGCCUGAAAGGUCCACAGGAACCUCAAACCUAAGUCGUGUAUUUGGUAGUAACUCCCAUGUUUCAAGCAGCUGGAUGCCUUCAUUGCGACGGAUUUCUUCAACCAAAUAACAGAUAGUAUUUUGGAGGAGUCCCUUGGAGCUUGUUUUAAUUUUCAGUGUUGCAAAUCACUCACCUUACCAGAAGAACCAUAGACUGUAAUGACAACCAAGAUUUCUGACAUGAUUAACUUCCUAUACACGGUACCUUCAUAUCAAGUUUACUUCUAUCAAAUUUACGACUUGUCACGCGAUAAGUGUUGGAGAGAGGGAAACAUCAAUGGUUUAAACAAUUUUGAAGAACAAGGCAUGGCGGUGGAUACGAGCGAGACUAAGUCUGGCUGGUUUAUUAUUUUCUUGGUCAUUUGAUUUUCUUUCACGCAUUUAGAACAGAAAUUCCACUGUCUCUUCACGUGUACAGUUAGGUUUGCUAGCAUUCAAUUUGAUUGUAACCGAUCCCCAACAAUUAAAUUAUUCACAGAUCAAUCCUAUUCAUAGUUUAUUAAAACAGAUAUUUUGUGUUUA